UAAGGAGACCUGCUAAGCCACAACAUCUCUGGCUAUACGUAUUGGCGGUGUUCAUGAUGUGCUAGGUAGGCAUACAGUAGAUGGCAGUAGAACCAAAAUGAAAGAGGAAAGGAAUUUGCGUGAACGCAUCUUGAUGAUGUCAUGAAGGAAGAACAACAAAUCCUCCUAACUAAGCAGAGAACGUAGGCAACUUGCUAACAUAUCAAAUUUCUAAGUUUACUACAAUCGAUUUGCUCUUGGCAUAGUGAAAAAGACACUACGCACUUUGAUGAAGUGUUAAAGUAAUGGUCACAAGAGGGGCAUUGUCUAUUUACUCUAUAAAAUGCAUGUUGCAACCUCUGUUUUGAUUCAGUUUUAUGACUGCUAGCACCAUAUCCUAGUUGGCUAACAUAAUACGCUAGGUUGCUAGCAGGGUAUACAGGUAGCUAGCGAGCUAACGUUAGCUGUAAAAGCUACCGGGGUACCAGAAAUACCGUUAGCCAUUUCUCUACGGUGCUGUACGGUAGUUGCUUUUGACUUUGUAUAUCCAAGCUCACUGUUAAGAAAUGGAAAAUGCAAGAGGUGUAACCAGACGAAGGGAAUAUGUCCUGGUAAGAUCAUGACAUGGAAAGUCAUCAGGCCCACUUCAGGUGAAACAACAUGCCUCCAAGGAAGCGACUCCUUACUCCCAUCAGUGGGAGGAGAAGACCGAAGACUGAUGACGAUUUCUUUCCCUUCAAUCUUCUACCGGUGGAAUGCCAGCUCCAUGUUCUCUCCUUCCUCAGCGAGGUGGACAAGUGCAACUCAGCCCUUGUUUGUUCCAGCUGGAGUUGCCUGGUACGAUCAGGGAAGCUUUGGAGAGUGGCAGACUUCUCACGACGUGGGGUUUUCCACAUGGGCCAAGAAGGGUUGCUUGUGUCCAACCGAGAGUUUGAGCGCUGGAAAGCAUGGGUCCACCAUUACACCCAUCACCUUAUGUCACGCGGGGCCAGUCUUCUCACCCUCAAAGCCAGCUUUGAUCUUGGGGACCAGUGCAAUAAGUGGGGGGAGCUCCUCUCUCACCUGCUGGAGAAUGUUCACUGUAGGGACCUCUGCCAUUUAGACCUGAACUGGACAUUCACACUGUUGGAGCCUUUGGAUUUGCGGGUGAACUCCAGCUCCAGUUCCCACCAGGACAGCAUCACCAAGAUGGACCAGGUUAGUAACUUUCAGAUCCUGCUUGCUAAAUUUACCCAGAGCUGUCCCAGGAUCACCAAGAUGCGCCUCCACUUUGACUGGUCGGAGACGUCUGUCUCACUCAUCAAUCAGUUCCAGCACCUCCGUGUCCUGGAGCUUAAGUACUUUUGGGUCUUCAAAGGUGUCAGCCCGAGCACCUUGCAGACUUUGACCAAAUCGCUGCCCAACCUGAAGUCCUUGACCCUCCACGUGCUGGUGCCCCUCAGGAACUUGGGCAUCUCCUACACGCUGGAGUCUCUGUCGCUGGAGUUCUUGGACGUCUCUCCCAGCCGAGGCCUGGUUUUCUCUUGCCUCAACCUCCCAGCGCUUCGAGAGCUGCGAGCCAAGAAGAUUGUGCGUGGCAUCACUCUAGACCGCAGGACCAGGUUAAGGAUACAGAGCCGGUGGCCUUGCCUUUACCAUGUCCUGCGGGAGGGGACACCGAAGUUGCAAGCUCUUAAUAACGAAAGACUUCUUCCAAAUUGGAAAGAGCAGACCUACAGGGAGCUCACCUCCAUCCUGCAGCAGUCCUGCUAUUGCCUUCAACACCUGGAUAGCUGGCUGUGGUGAAGAUGCUGUGUCUGUCAACAGCUGGCAGAUUGUCUUUAUGGUAUGCUGUGAAGGAUUGUGGUUAUGUUGAUCAAGAGGAACUCUAAUUGCAUUUAUAUUCCUGUCAUUUUUAAAUAGUAGGAUUGACCAACCCCUGCCCAUUUAGGGUACUUGCAGAAUUCCACCAUUACAAUAUUGCUGUGGCAAAGUUCAUUCCAUAUCAUUACUGCUGAUAAGAUCAAGAAUAGAGGGAAAUGCCAUAAUGAGAGAUGUAGGAAUUGAUGUAUAUAAUUCUGUCACAGAAGUUUUUAUUCUGUGUUUUGGAAUUUAGCCUGCUAUUUACCUCAAAUUGUCGUAACUGAAUCAGAAAUUGGGAAACAAUGGAACAAAUGUAUUUUUGGUCAAGGUCCAGGCAGUGGCGCUGUUUUUCAUUUUAUCUGAUAAUUCCACGAAAAAUGAUGUUUGGAUAUGUGGUCAUUUUUAUGGGUAAUCUGUAAUUAGAUGUAUUUGAGCGCUUAUUCCUACAUUAAUAUAAUCAGAUCAUUGUGGUACCUUCCUUAACCAUUAGAGGUUUCCUUAGAUGGUUUCGAGGACCAAAACACCAUGCCUGUAAUUUCUCCUUGUGCUGACUUUUCACCAAUAACAACUCCUUUAAUGGAUAUUUGACUGAUUUCUCAGAAAAAUUAAGCUUGAUUUACUGAAGAUUAUAAUGACAGCCACAAUAAACUGAUGUCAUUCAACUUUGUCUGGCCUGUUUUGUGACUUAAUGUCUCAAUAUGUCUUCAGGUUGUCUGGCAGUAUCAAACAAAAA